CUUUUAUAAAGGUGAAGCAGUUUAAAUGACUGGCUGAGGAACAGCAGCAGGUCUGGUUCUGGCCACCAGGUGGCGGUGUGUGCUCGGUGUUAACGGCUGAAUGGGGUAGAAAUGCUCUCGGCUCCAGUUUUAUGGCAGCUGCUCCAGUUUCGCUGCUGGUUUCGGGUCCGGCUUCAGGCCCAGGCCGCCUAAUGAGGCUGAAAGCCGGCGGUUCGGAGGAGAACCGUCCCGUUGACGGUGACACACAUCCCCAGGUCGUCCUCCUCUAAGCCUCUUACUGUAAUCACACUCCUGCUGAGGCGGCAGGACCCGCUUCCUGCGCCUCGCAGCUCCUCAGAACCGGUCCGGGCUCGGCCCAGGAGUCCAGGAUGCCGUGUGGAGACGCGGUGGCCGUGUGGGACGUGGCUCUGAGCGACGGCGUCUACCGGGUCGAGUUCGCUCACGGCACCACCACGGGGAAACGGGUCGUCUAUGUCAACGGGACGGAGGUGAUCAGGAAGGACUGGAUGUUCAAGCUGGUUGGGAAGGAGACGUUCUCACUGGGCAGCGCCGACACCAAGGCCACCAUCAACAUCGAGGCCGUCGGCGGCUUCGCCUAUGAAUACUCGCUGAACGUCGGCGGGAAGAGCCUGCAGAAGUUCAUCGACCACAGAGCCAAGACCACCAAGACUUGGGUGGUCCAGGUGGACGGAGCAGACUGCAGGGUCGUCCUGGAGAAGGACACCAUGGAUGUUUGGUGCAACGGGCAGAAAGUGGAGACAACGGGAGAGUUUGUGGAUGACGGCACAGAGACCCACUUCACGGUGGGAGAACACACCUGCUGCAUCAAGGCCACAAGUGGAGGCAAGAAGAAGAACGGCAUUGACCACAGCCUGCUGCUGGACGGACUCAAGGUUCCUGCUUCGUCCCAGUAGCGCCGGACCAGAACCAGUGGAGCUGAACCAGGACCAGUAUAGCUGGACCAGAGGUUCAGACAGAACCAGCAGGGGGCGCUGUGGGAUGGCCUCACAGAUGUGGGACUUGUUUUUCUUUUCUGACUCUUAACAAAUAAAGCUGUAUCUCCUCUGAUGGGAUUUUAUUUUGAAAGGUUGUUAAUGGCUGGUUGUUAUGGCAGAGGUCAUCUUUGCGCAGUCUCCAUCUGUCUGAAUGCAGCUGUUCAGCAGAACGGCGGGAAAACCGGAACACGACUGGUCUGACCUUCAAAAUAAAAGCUCAAUACAGAUUUAGUUUUCUAAUUUCUGAAUGUAAGUAAAAACAGAUGUUGCUUUACACUUUAGCUGUUAGUUGAAAAUAAUAACUCGUCAAUAAAGUAACUAACAUAUUAA